UCCUUUUACUUCUCUGUAUUAGUGAGAUAUAGCUUCUCUCUCUUUCUUCUAGGAUAUACAGAUCCAAGAACUCCUACCUUCAAAAUGAAGUUGUCCCUGGCAUUAGUCUUUUUAUCCAUUGUGUCUCUUUCAUUGGCUGUAUCUAGAUCCAAGCGUGCAGCCUAUGAACUACCAGCUGGUGCAGAACUCAUUGUCGGAGCUGUGAGAACCUCUUUUGUCUGCAGUAACGAGGGAUACUACGCCGACAUCGAUAACAACUGCCAGAUCUUCCACGUCUGCCACACCGCUGUUCACGCUGACGGCACAUCUGAAAUGCAGCAAUGGUCUUUCAUGUGCGGUAACCAGACCGUCUUCAACCAGUUCUCUUUCACUUGUUCUAGCUACGAAGAUGCCGUUCCUUGCGGAAGCUCUGGAGAUUUCUUUUAUUUGAAUUCUAAUCUGUAUGCUGGACCCAACGUGUUCUUCCACAACGAUCAAGAUGUUGCCAGGGCAGCUGCUGUCACCCCUGGUAGGCCAGCACAAGGUCAGCCACCGGUAGUACGCCCUCCUGUAGGAGGAAGACCCCCAUUCAGAGGUUAAAUGAGAUUUUCAACAUGGUUCCUUCAUUUGGUUACUCGAUUCAGCAAGGCCCUGACUGGAAAUAGAUUUUCAACUGAUUGAAACCGGUUAUCUGCCAUCACGUCGAUCUUCUUGAGUCAUUUGCUUUGUUAAAAAAGUAUUUUCAAUGUCUCACAGAAGCCUGUGGAAGGAGGCCGGUGGAUUUAAAAACGGACAUUGUAAAAACGCUUAGUUGUUAUUUUGCAAUAAUUUGUAAAUAUUAGCUAGUGUAUAAUGUGUUUCAUUUUUUUUAUUUAUUGUUAAUAAAAUGAGCAUUUGAAUUGAA